AUGCAUUCGAAUUUCGCUCGACACGUCAUCGGAUGUGCAGUUCGAGCUCGAGAGGAGAAUAUAAUUUUCGACGCUCGGGACGUGAAGAAGUUGUACUCGGUUAAGCACAAUACCAGAUUCCCGUGGUCAUUCUAUACCUCGCCGCGGAUGAACCGUCGUGUCCUGACGAACACUCCGAUCAAAGAUUCAAGUUGGAACGACGAGUCAUUCUUUUUCAAAGUCAAUCGAGCUUCCAUUGGGGAGUUUGAUUUCGAGAGACUUCCAAAAGAAUGGGCCACUAGCCUAGUUUGCGAGUCAGUGCCGAAUAACUCGUCGAUCGAAUAUCUGGUGGCUAGACUCGGGAGAGAGAAGACCAAUUGGAAUUUGUUCACGACAUAA